UUCCGGUGCUGCAGGAACUGAGACAUGUCCGGGCAUGUAGCGCGUCUCACGGCGCACUAGCUCCGCCCCCUUUCUGUCUCAUACUAGCGCACUACAAAUCAGCUACACCGUCACCAUGGUUACCGUGCACGUGAAGAAGGAGCCCGCUCGUGCGCUGAUUCCAUCACCAUGGUUACCGUGUGCACGCCACACUUCCGCACUAAACAGUAUUCUUAAACAGCAUGACGUCUCUCUGUCCUACUGUGCUUUACUUUAGUUCCUGGUUGCUAUAGCAACGUCAGGGCCUGGGGCAUAAAGUCAUGCUGGAUAAUAUAAUAUAGUAUAAUAAUAAUAAUUUUUAUGGCGCUGGUGGUGUUUUUGCUUUGGCGUACUAGUUAGUAGGUUAGUAGGCAGGCUGAACAAUCAUGCUUGGGCAUGUUGAGUCCAGUCCCCGCCCUAAAACGCAUCAGGAGUCGCUCAUGCUAGCCCUGACAUGUCUCUCUCUCUCUCUCUCUGUCCCUUUAAAUUGGUGUGACCCACUCAGACUUUCUCACUCAGCUGAGCUGAGGCACUUUAUGUACAGAUGAAGAGUAUAAUAUAAUAUAUAUACACAGGUUUAUUUAUUUGAUUUAAGAUAUUCCAUGGCCAUGGCUGCAGAAAAUUGUCUGAGCAGUUCGCAGAUCAACAAGAUUGACAAUGAAAAGCUGGUAAGACCCAAAGUGCAAUUGCAAACCCUGUUAAAAGAUGCAGGAGCAGAUAAAGAUGUUUUCACCAUGAAGGAGGUCAUGUUCUACCUGGGCAAAUACAUCAUGAGCAAAGAGUUAUACGACAAGCAGCAGCAGCACAUCGUGCACUGUGGAAACGACGCUCUCGGUGCCGUACUCGGAGUGGCCAGCUUCUCCGUCAAAGAACCAAGAGCUUUGUUUGCAAUGAUUUCUAAAAAUCUCAUAGCAGUGAAAAUUCCAGAGUCUCAGUCAACAUUUAGAGAACGUAGAGCUCUGAGUGACACUGACCGAGGGCCUGAGGAAACAAACCCGCGAUCGUCCACCUCCACGCAGCAACAGCGCAGGAGACGGCGGAGCAGUGGUCCUGCGAGCAUGUCAGUUGAGGAGGAAUCCGGCGAGCCUCGGAAGAGGCAGAAGUCCGACAGUAUCUCCCUGACGUUCGACGACAGCCUGUCAUGGUGUGUGAUCGGAGGCCUGCGCAGAGAGAGAGGGAGCAGCGAGUCUUCAGUAUCGCACAGCAAUUCGGAUGUAGGUAGAUCUCACAGUGAGGAGAGUGAUGAUUCUGACUCCGAUAACUUCAGUGUGGAGUUUGAGGUGGAGUCGAUCAAUUCGGACGCCUACAGCGAGAACGAUGAAGACUCCGUACCAGGAGACGAUGAGGUUUAUGAGGUUACAAUCAUUGCAGAGGACGAGGAUUCUUUUGACGAAGAUACGGAGAUCACCGAAGAGGACUACUGGAAAUGUGCCGAGUGUGAUGAGCUGAACCCUCCGCUCCCCCGCCACUGCAAAAGCUGCUGGAAGGUUCGACCAGGGUGGCUUCCCGAGAUUUGCUCUGCAUCCGAGAACCCCAGCAACGACGCGCAGACCGAUACCGCCUGCAUCAACACGGGCCUCGAAGCCAACGCACCAUGCGCCGAGUCUCCCACGCCGACCCUCGACCCGGACGAAGGCGUAGACGUCCCGGACGGCAAGAGCUCACGCUCGCAGAGUACUUCCUGCUCCGACUCUCAGGGCUCGUCUGUCUGCUAUUCACAGCCGUCUACUUCCUCCAGUCAGGACGAAGCGCCCGAGCUGGAGCGCACCAGCAGCUUGAACAGCACCGAGUCGUGCCUGCCUGCGUCCUGCCUGGAGCCCUGCGUCAUCUGCCAGAGCAGACCCAAGAACGGCUGCAUCGUCCACGGACGCACCGGACACCUCAUGGCCUGCUACACCUGCGCCAAGAAGCUCAAAAAGCGCAACAAGCUCUGCCCCGUGUGCAGGGAGCCCAUCCAGUCCGUCGUCCUCACCUACGUCAGCUGAGGGGGAACCGGACACACACGCUGUUCAGUUACCUCACUGUCCUUCCGUCACGGGGAAGAGACCGCACGUUUAAGUACUGCCCGUACCCCUUGUUCAUGCUAGCAAGAGACCCGAUUUCAGGGACGUUUAAAUUGAGACUUCCUGUCCAUUUCUUACCUGCGGUGCACUGGUGAUGCACAGAAAUCUUAAGAAAAUUGAAUUGGUUUUAUCUUGUCCUGUAGCUGCACGUGUAGACACGCGCUGAAGCUUAGAAAGGAGCGCAGAGAUCUUUGGUGUUUCUGGCGAGUGUACACAGUGAAGACUUGUGAUGCCUCAGAUCAUCUAAAUCUGCGAACGAAGCACAACCUGUCGCUCGAGCAACCGAUAUAACUACCAUCGAUCCUUUUCAGGAAAAAAAAAUAAUAAAUCUGGAUUUGUCUCUUGCUAGCGUGAACACAGGGUAACAGAUUAAAUACUAAAUAUAUCAGCAACUAUUACAAAUUAAUGUAGAUUAAACGUAAAUAGUAUAACUUCUUUUUAAAAGCAUUCUAUUUAUAAAAUCAAUGAAUGUAAAAAGUUAUUUAUGAUCGUUGACGUUCGUGUGCUAGAUUUACAUAUUUUGGAGGCGUGUAUGGGUUAAAGCAGAUUGGAGUGAGCUAAUUUAAUUUUCAGUGCUAUAUGAAGUAAGCGGGCUGUAAGGGAUCGUUUAUACCGUAUGAACAGGUUUAAGGGGCGUAUGGCUUGUACAAGUGUUUCUUUUUACUCGCAGUAUGUGAUUUACUGACAGUUGUAUAUAUUUUUAAUUUAUAUAAGGUAAAUACGGAGCAGUGUUAUUGGAUUAUUUUGGAUGCUCUCGGAAGUGUGUUUGGAAUUUAAAGUUCUUAUUUUCACUAGAUUGAGUGGAGAAAUAAAUGAUUAAAUUCAAAA